CGCCAAAUGCUCGCAAGAGCCGCCCGGCAACAGCAUGCCACCACCCUCCGCCGCACCCUCAUCACGCCCACCGCUGUGCGACAAGCGGACCUCGUCCAAGACAUGUACCUAAAAGAGCUCAAAGCCUACAAAUCCCCACCCGUCAAGGCCUCCGACGCCGAGGGCCACGUGCAAAAGUUCACCAUGCCCAAGCCGCCUCCAUCGCCCGAAGAAGCUGACCUUGCGAACGACCUGAAGGCGUAUGAGGAUCAGGUUCCGGAGGUUGAGGGGCAGGCUGCGGAGGGUGGCGCGAGCGCGGCGGAGGAUGAUUGGUUUGUUGAGCCGGAGGAGGAGGAGGAGCAUGCGCACCAUUAGGCGUGCGAAUGAGGGAGAUGGGUAGUGUGUAUACUAUGAGCGUGUACGGGGAUGUGCGUUGAACACAUGGCGCUUUUCAGAUCCCACUGCUGUGAAAAGCCGAAUAACCUUCUCAAGCCCGAUAUGAGCGAAGGCCGUGUAAGUCGUUUCCAUGUAUGUCACAGCUUGCUCACAACAAAGUUUAGAUGUCCAUUACGAGGGUAAGCACGAUCUCUCGGCAUCCCGUACUUGACCAAAAAUAGGGUGUGGCAAGGAAGAAACACACCUCCAACCUGCCCGCUUCCGCUGGUCAUAUCCCAGAAACAUCGCGGCGGCAUAGCAGCAC